CUGGACGUUGAGCUUAGGGAGAACUACAGUCCGUCAAUGGAGGAUGAACGUCAUGCAUUUGUAGCAUUUAGCUAGUCAGCGAAUUCAGCUCUAUUUUUAUGUCUCAUAUUUUCUGUUUUGAGCCCCCAGACAGAUUGGAAGCUCUGCUUUUUUGAUUGUUGGGGUCAGCCGACGGAGUGACAAACAUGUAUGAAAAUCCCCGCAACCAAAGUAGACGAGAGCUAUUGAAAGGGGGAUCACUCGUGUGAAAUCCAAUCUCGGGAGCUAGCAUCGUAGCUAGCGAGCGCGCGAGCUCCUGCUUUGCUAGCUGUAAAGGAAAAAAGAAAAACGACAGCAAAUUUAACCACUAAAUCCUCCCCCUGCAGCCUGGAGUAGCGUUUGGAAGGGUUUUAAUCUCCACUUUGAAUACCUGGUUCCAGGAGGUGCAGUGAAGCAUGGGGGCAUUUCUGGACAAGCCGAAGACGGAGAAACAUAAUGCGCAUGGCUGUGGGAAUGGGCUACGUUUUGGCCUGAGCAGCAUGCAGGGAUGGCGGGUGGAGAUGGAAGAUGCACACACGGCUGUUGUGGGCCUGCCACAUGGCCUGGAUGACUGGUCCUUCUUUGCUGUCUAUGAUGGGCAUGCUGGAUCACGUGUGGCCAACUACUGUUCCAAGCACCUGCUGGAGCACAUCACGGGUAGUGAGGGUUUCCGUGGUGCUGAGCGGGCCGGCCCUGGGGGCGAGCCCGCCGUGGAGGCUGUGAAAAGCGGCAUCCGCGCCGGAUUCUUGAAGAUCGACGAGUAUAUGCGCAGCUUCUCUGACCUACGCAACGGCAUGGACCGCAGUGGCUCCACAGCAGUAGCUGUACUACUGUCACCUGAGCACCUGUACUUCAUCAACUGUGGUGACUCGCGGGCUGUGUUGUAUCGAGGAUCCCGUGUCUGUUUCUCCACGCUAGACCACAAGCCCUGCAACCCACGUGAGAAGGAACGCAUUCAAAAUGCUGGCGGCAGUGUCAUGAUCCAACGGGUCAAUGGCUCAUUGGCUGUCUCGCGUGCCUUGGGGGACUAUGACUACAAAUGCGUUGAUGGCAAGGGCCCCACAGAGCAGCUGGUGUCACCUGAGCCUGAGGUGUUUGAGAUCCCACGCUCUCAGGAGGAUGAAUUUGUUGUGCUGGCCUGUGAUGGUAUCUGGGAUGUUAUGAGCAACGAGGAGCUCUGCGAGUUUGUCAAGUCACGCCUGGAAGUGACAGACGACCUAGAGAAGGUCUGCAACGCUGUGGUGGACACCUGCUUGCACAAGGGAAGCCGGGACAAUAUGAGUGUGGUGUUGGUGUGUUUGCCAAACGCCCCCAAGGUGUCAGAGGAGGCUGUAAAGAGAGACGCUGAACUGGACAAGUACCUGGAGUCUCGCGUGGAAGAAAUUAUGGAGAACUCUGGAGAAGAAGGUGUUCCUGACCUGGUCCAUGUGAUGCGCAACCUCUCCACGGAGAACAUCCCAAAUCUGCCACCAGGGGGAGGCCUCGCCAGCAAGCGCAGUGUCAUUGAGGCAGUGUACAACAGGCUGAAUCCUCACAGAGAAGAGGAUGGGGAGGCAGAGGGAGCGGAUGAGGGCAGCACCACCGUGCACCUGCUGGAGGCACUGCGCCAGUUCCGCGCUAAUCACAGGGGCGAGUGUCGGCACCUCCUGGAGGAGGCGCUUUGCACAUAUCAGCUUUCCUGCGAGACGGGGGCUGAACCCCCUGACCCCGACGCUGAACCACCCCCCUCACCUCCACCUUCCCCUGCCGGGGAGCCUGAGGAAAUCGAGAGAGGUUCCAGUGGUGUGCUUGAGACGGCUUGUGAGGAUCCUGACCUGCCCUCUGCAUGACCUCUGACCUUGCAUCCCUGUUGUAUCACCCAGAACCAUCAUUGACUACGGAGGGGAUAUGGAACCAAGUUGAUUGCUCAGGGUGUGGGAUUGUUUGUGGAUUCCUGCCUCUGGGGGAAUGCAGAAAACCCUGGGGCAGAAGAGGUGUAGAGGAGUGAGCCUAACCUUGCCCCAGACUGCUAGCCUCAGAGAGAAACCUUUUACUUUUCCAACUCUUGAUGAUAAUGACAGAAAGGCAAAAUCCACUUGUGCUGCAUCUGCUCUCCUCUGAAGCUGUCCAGGUACAGCCUAUAGUGACUGCAGAUUUCUUCAGGUUUAUUGGCCAUAAUAUGUACAAAUUUAAAAAUGAAAUUUUGUGUUGAAACACCUGACAAUCUGUAAAUCACUUUUGAUUUGGCUUCAAGGAUGAAGCUUAUCUUAGUAAGACAAUAUAGGGAAAGCACACUGCAAGUUGCUGAGCACAGAUGAACGUUCAUUAUUUCUGUUGUCGGGACUUCAAAUUUGGCAAUACAGCACAAAUUAUGAAGUUUGGAAUAUAGUCCCUCACAUAAUCUUAUGAAUGAAAAAAGGUGUUAGGCAUCACUGUCAUUUAUGAUGAAGUUUAUACUUUGCUUAAUGUCUAAUGCACAUUUAUGAGUGAAAUUUAUAGGCAUAAGUAUGAAUUUAUGUGCUCAAGUUGCUUUAUAAAGGACUGAAAAGUCUCCAAAAACAAGAUUAGGAAUCCAUGAGUUGUAAUGCAUGGCUUCAGCCCAGCAAGGUAACGCAGUUAAGUGCUAUAGGCACUGCUAUACCUGCUUUUCCAAAGUAAAACACCACAAGCAUGAGGAAGAUGUAUACCCCGGGUGUGCAGCAGGCAGUUUACUACCUAUACAUAUAGGGUAUAGAGAGCAAAUAUGAGUAUAUAUUUGUGUAUAUAGGUUUGGUUGUGUAGAUGAUGAAGAAUGCUGUUGUUACCUCUGAGUAUUUUCUUUUGUUUUUUACUUUAGCUUGUAUGCAGAACAACUGAAGACUAUUAACCAAAAAUGUGAAGUAGUGGGCAAAAGCAUUGAACAUAACUGUUAAAAACAGUCACUUCUGAAUCAUAAGGCAGCAUGUCAUGUAUAGUGGGGUUUAUUUAAAAGGAUUGUUUAUAAUAAAUAAUUCAUGUUAUUGUUACAGAUUUCUAGCUUCAUAUAUGACAUUGUAUAGGAAAUAUUGAAUCUGUAAUACCGUGUGAAACCCAUUAUGAGACAUUGUCUCCUAAAACACAAGUUGUCAAACUGAAAUUUGAAUGACAUUUACUAUGGAACCCUACAUAUAGCAGAUGGCAAAAAGAUGGAAAGGAAAUUGAAAGAGGUACUCUUAAUUUUCACAAGCAUCCAAAUUCCUGUCAUUUAUUUUCCAGAGGAGAGAACUGAAGUGUUAACUUGAGAUCAACACAAGCAGGCUGAUGGCAUGAUUGCUUACACAGUCAGCAGCUGGUUGCCAAUCUGCUAUAAUAGCUGUCCUGUUGCAGAAGUUCAGCACAUUUUGAAGGAUACUCAUGGUUUUGAUUAUUGAAUCAGACGAGUGAUAGAUUUUUCGUUGUGGAGCAGAGCGUUGUCAUAUAUACCAUUAUGGCUCCUUUCUUGCUAGUUUGAAAUGUGAUUUUUCACAGUUACUGUGUACGGUGAUAUUGCUAUACCAUAUUGCAUGGUUAAUAAGUACUUAGAGGACUUGCACUGUUGGUGGGCUAAAUCUUGACCGCCUCAACGCACAGGCGGUACAAUACUGUUUUCACUUAUGCCGAUUCUCAGAACUUGAAACUUCAGAGGAUGGCUUGGAGACCAUGGUUAAUUUCCAUGAAGAGAAGCAUGGUUUUCGGUCUGCUUCUGUUGUGGCAGAAAGCAGUUCCAUAUUGUAGUGAAAGGUGUCACUCCAUGCAAAUAAAAAUCGUUAAGCUGACAAGGUGUCCUUGGCUCUUCAUUUUCUCAGUGACAUUAGUGGUCUGUAGAGCUGGUGGUGAGAACUUUAUAAUUAUGUAAGUGUUCUUUUUUUUGUCUUUUUUUAAUUUUAAUUCCAGCAUCUGUGUGUUGCGGGUGAGGUAAAACGGUAAUCAUCUUAGUUUAAGGAUUAUACUCUGCCAGUCUGUCUUUUGAACAUUAGAGCAUUAACACACUGUGAUUUCUUGUGCGUUAGUGUGGCCUCGUUCAUCUUAAUAGGAUAGGCCACUUUUGGUCUAUCGGCUAGCUAGCUCAUUAAGGCAUCUUAAAUAGUUUGUAAACAAGCAGAAACUAGAAUAGUGUGAUUUCAUACAGAGGCGAAAAUAAGCUUGUGAACUCGCUAUUCUCUGUAUGUAAUCACUCAGCAUUUUUGUUGGCUCUUGUGUUCAUCCCUCACUUCACAUUCCUUUCUCUCUCUUU